CCUCAUUUUCGCGUGGAAAGUCUCCGCCCUACUGCUAGUCUGAGGCCGUCGGCUUCCUCUGAAGCGCUUGGCUGGCCAUAAGCUGCUAAAUAUUUAUUCUAUUGCUUUAUAUUUAAUACAGACCACGGGAAAAUAGAUAUUAUUCUAGGACAGAACUAAGAUUGCGGAGUGGAGAGGUCGGGGAAUACCCUGCUGCCUGAUUUGCGUCGGCGCUGUGGCACAUUUGUUCAGCACUUUAGCUUCAGAAGCUAACUUAGCGGUUGGUGAGAGUGGAAGCAUCGGCACGAGCAGCUUUGGCAGUGCUCCCAUGGAUGGCAAGAGAAUGAACAUCUAAAUAUCACUUGGUAUCAUGGCUCCACUCUCGCCCUGACCUCUUGGUUUACCCAGGAUCCAAAAUGAGCGUUAGCAGUGAUGAGGUCAAUUUCCUGGUGUACAGAUACCUGCAAGAGUCAGGCUUCUCCCACUCGGCGUUCACCUUUGGCAUAGAGAGCCACAUCAGCCAGUCCAACAUCAACGGCGCUCUGGUGCCCCCUGCUGCCCUCAUCUCCAUCAUCCAGAAAGGCCUGCAGUAUGUGGAGGCUGAAGUCAGCAUCAAUGAGGACGGCACGCUGUUCGAUGGGCGGCCGAUCGAGUCGCUGUCGUUGAUUGAUGCUGUGAUGCCAGACGUGGUGCAGACGAGGCAGCAGGUUUAUAAGGAUAAGCUGGCUCAACAACAAGCUGCUGCCGCCUCCAGCGGCACGACGGCCUCUGCCGCCAAGAACGGAGAGAACACGGCUAAUGGAGAGGAGAACGGGUCCCACACGCUGUCUAACCACCACUCAGACAUGAUGGAGGUGGACAGGGCAGUGGAGAUCCCGGCCAGUAAAGCCAUGGUGCUGCGGGGCCAUGAGUCUGAGGUCUUCAUCUGUGCUUGGAACCCUGUCAGCGACCUGCUGGCCUCUGGCUCGGGAGACUCGACUGCACGAAUCUGGAACCUGAGUGAGGGCAGCGCGGGAGGAUCCACUCAGCUGGUGCUGCGCCACUGCAUUCGGGAGGGGGGGCAGGACGUACCCAGUAACAAAGACGUCACCUCACUGGACUGGAAUAGUGAAGGUACACUCCUAGCGACAGGAUCCUAUGAUGGCUUUGCAAGGAUAUGGACUAAAGAUGGUAAUCUUGCCAGUACACUGGGGCAGCACAAAGGUCCCAUAUUUGCUUUAAAGUGGAACAAGAAAGGAAAUUUUAUUCUCAGCGCUGGUGUUGAUAAGACCACCAUUAUUUGGGACGCACACACAGGAGAGGCCAAACAGCAAUUUCCAUUCCAUUCUGCUCCGGCGCUGGACGUAGACUGGCAGAGCAACAACACGUUUGCCUCCUGCAGCACGGACAUGUGCAUUCACGUGUGUAAACUGGGCCAGGACAGACCAGUCAAAACAUUCCAGGGCCACACAAAUGAAGUCAAUGCAAUCAAAUGGGAUCCAACAGGGAAUCUCUUGGCCUCCUGCUCUGAUGACAUGACGUUAAAACUCUGGAGCAUGAAACAGGACACUUGUGUUCAUGACCUGCAAGCCCACAGUAAGGAGAUCUACACCAUCAAAUGGAGUCCGACUGGCCCUGAAACCAACAACCCCAAUGCCAACCUCAUGCUGGCCAGCGCGUCGUUUGAUUCAACGGUGCGUCUGUGGGACGCAGAGCGCGGCGCCUGCAUCCACACGCUGACCAAACACCAGGAGCCCGUUUACAGUGUGGCAUUCAGCCCAGACGGGCGGCACCUGGCCAGUGGCUCCUUCGACAAGUGUGUCCAUAUCUGGAACACGCAGAGCGGUGCUUUAGUGAACAGUUACAGAGGGACGGGCGGCAUUUUUGAAGUAUGCUGGAACUCCACUGGGGACAAAGUGGGCGCAAGUGCAUCAGACGGAUCGGUUUGUGUAUUAGACCUAAGGAAAUGACACUGCCUAUGGGAAGCCAUGGACCGACUUUGAAUGUGUGCAUAGCCAAAUUUACCGACUGUCCCUGUCCCAUCAUCCACUGCUGUAGUCCACACGUGAGGUGCCAGACCAGCUCCAUCACAACACGGACCCGUGACGCUUAAGACAAGGACUGUUAUAUACAGACUCGCUCAACACCGCAUGUGCACACCCACACACACACACACACACACUCAUUAGUUCCUGUGUUGACCAUUCCAAACCCAGAGGGCUGAGGUCCACGCCGCUGUCGUGCGCAUAUUGCACAUGUCAGCACUCCAACGGUGGUUUAGGCCAAACUGCAUGAGCUAAAGAGCAGAACAUGGCCAACUCAUGGCUGUAUGAUAUUGACAAUUCAGAGUAUUGGCACUGUAUGUUUAGUGGCUCUGUGACUUUUGGAAACUGUUCUCCAAAAAAAAAAAUGCUCAAGGAUUUUUUUUUCUUCUUCUGCCAAACUUUGAGAGAUAAUUUGAUUCUUUCUUUCUUUUUUUCUUUUUUUUUUUAAAGUUCUUUGAGUACAGAAAGCCUAUUAAAUUACUCAACUAUAUUUUCUAAUGCGAACGCCCUGUGUUAUUUUGUACAACCUAUGCAACUUUGUGAUAAGACAAAACUGAACUUGCAGCGCAUAAAUGGGUAAAUGCCUGUAUAAACGUCUGAAAGGCCAACCCUAAAAACACAACGGCACAUUCGCUCUCUCUGUUCUGUUACAGAAAACCACAGCUAGCAGUUUAUUCGUUCCUUUUGUUGAUUCCAGUGAAUUUUUUUUUUUUUUUUUUUUUUUCCUUCACCUUCCUCCUAGAUGACGGCUCACUUAAAGGUUCCUCCUUUUAGUGCGGCGUAUUGCAGUCAUUUCCUUCUUUUCUAUAGAGGUUGGAGCUUGGUAUGUGCGUGUGACUAUACCAGCCUUAGUUUACGGCUUCACACAAGAAACAGAAUUAUGGGUCGGUGCGGUUUGGUUUUUAUUCACUUUCAGUCAGUCAGCAGGGAAAGAGGACUUCUUCAAUUCAAUAGUCCAAAGUCAGGUUGAGGUGGCGCCGUUUUGCUAACUUUUCAUUUGUUUGUAUAUGGAGGUGUCCGUAUGGGUGCUCCCGCUAUAAAAGAUUGAUUUUUAACGUAAACUCUGUUGACUUUUGGACUUCUCGCAGCAUGGUUUCGUCGGGGCAACGGCACAGUUUGCUAGACACUGUCACGUGUCUUUAUAAAAUACCAUUAGACAGUCAUAGUCCAGAGAAGCAGCUUUUACCCAGCAUACUCAUGUCACCUCUCAGCACUUUAGACCUUCUCCCAUGAAAUCCUAUGAGCACUUAAAACAUCUUUUAUCUUUUUGGACUGAAAUUACUUGAGUGACAUUAAACAUUUACUUGAACGAACCAGAUGAUUAUUAUUAGAGGAUGAGGCGGCUGGUUUAAACUAAUUAAAUAGUUUGUUUUUGUUUUUAUAUACAUAUAUAAUAGUCCAAAAUGCUAACAAAUGCCUUUCUUUCCCCCCAUGGAUCAACUAUAAUCUGUAUUCCCCCUUCUAAGAAUAUCCUGAAUUGUUUUGUUUUUUUGUUUUUUAAAGAGAUGAGUAUUUUGAAGCUUGCUCUAAUAUAAUCAACAAGUAGAUUGUACGAAAAUGUGCUAUUUAUUAUAUUGUCUAUGACAGUGGAAUGGGUUUUUAUAAUGUUUUAAUUUGAAAGAGAUUUACCUUUUACAGUGUGUGUGCGCAAGCGUUUGCUUCUCUUGGUCCUCAACACCUAGCACUCGGCUUGCUGUGUCCACGACCCUUUAAAAUUUUGUACUUCGAAAUCUUUUGUAAUUCUAAUGUUGUUUUUAGCGCUCGGCAAAAGCACGUACCUGGGCAUAUCAGAACGUCUUGGACCAUGCGAAUACUUGUUCAGUGAUUUUUGUCUCACUUUAGAUCAUCUUUAAUCGACCCUUUCCCUCUUUCUCUCUCUUUUGUUUUCUAUUUUGCUCACUCUCAAGCAGAAAUCACUUACUGCGAUGUUGAUUUGACUAUUGUGAUUUGAGUCUGAUCAAAUGAGAAGUCCAGAAUAAAAUAUAUUUUGAUAGUA